AUGUCACUGUGGAACAAUGGCAGCUCCAACUUGUCCUACACCAGCUUCCUCCUGGUGGGCUUCCCAGGGCUGCAGGAGACCCGCAUACUCCUGGUGCUGCCCUUCCUCAGCCUCUAUCUGGUGAUUGUCUCCGCCAAUACUCUAGUCAUCCACACAGUGGUGGCCAAGCAGACCCUGCACCAGCCCAUGUACCUGCUCAUUGCCCUGCUCCUGGCUGUCAGUAUCUGUACUGCCACCACUGUGGUACCUGUCAUGCUGUUCAGCUUCUCCACCCGUUUCAACCGCAUCUCCCUAGCUUGCUGUCUGGUCCAGAUGUUCUGCAUCUAUUUCCUCAUUGCCUUUGACUGCAGUAUCCUUCUGGUCAUGGCCCUGGACCGCUAUGUUGCCAUCUGCAACCCACUCCGCUACCCUGAGAUAGUGACAGGCCAGUUGCUGGCUGGCCUGGUUGGGGUGGCUGUUGCCAGGAGCACAGGCAUUGUUGCUCCAGUGGUAGGGCUGGCCUCCCAGGUUCGCUUCUGCCGCUCAGAUGUGAUCUACCACUUUGCCUGUGAGCACAUGGCCUUGAUGAAGCUCUCCUGUGGGGACAUCUCAAUAAACAAGACUGUGGGGCUCGCGGCCCGCACCUUCAACAGGGUCCUGGACCUACUGCUCCUUGGAGCCUCCUACUCCCGCAUCAUCCAUGCUGCAUUUAGAAUUUCAUCAGGCAGAGCACGUUCCAAGGCCCUGAACACCUGUGGCUCCCAUCUGCUGGUCGUCUUCACUGUGUACUCUUCCACCAUGUCCUCAUCCAUCAUCUACAGAGUGGCCCGCGCUGCCUCCCAUGAUGUGCACAACUUGCUCAGUGUCUUCUACCUGCUGCUCCCAUGUUUGGUCAACCCCAUCAUCUAUGGGGCCAGGACCAAGGAAAUUAGGCAGCACCUGGGAGUUCUGUUUCAAAGGGCACAGCUGCCAAGUCACCAGUGA